UAGUCUGGAAUCCGGUCUCUCCAGUCUCCACCAGGACUCUCAACUCUCAACGCCCCUCCUCCAGUCCUCCAUGCCUUCUUGAUCCCGACCACCGCAGCCGCAGGCAGACCAACCCAGCCUCGCCGUCGCCGUCGCCGGAUUCGCCCACUCGCGACCUCAAUCCCCGGCCGCCAUGCUGGCCUCGGCAAGGGGGUUCUGGGCGCGGCACCGCCGCAAGAUCCUCGUCUCCAUGGGCGUCGCCGGGGUGGGGUACGCCGCCUACCGCUUCUACGACGCGCGACGCGCCCAGCUCGUGCGGGUCCAGCAGCUGCGCGCCAUGGAGGAGCAGGCCGCCGAGGACCUCGUCAAAGACCAGCUCCAGGCACACUUUGAGAAGGUGAAGAGGAUCUGCGACACUACAACAUUGCCUUUGGCCAUGCAUCAUCUCAGUGAUAAGGUAGCAAGUGAACUGGAUAUUUCGAAAUUGACGGACAAGCUACGUCAAGGGAAGGUAGACUCAAGUGCACUGACACCAAAGGAGAAGUAUGAUACUUGGGAGGAGAUUAAAAUUAAGAGUUUCACAAAGACAGUUUCUUCAAUGUGGGCAAUGACAUUGCUUAGCUUGUACGUUAGAGUUCAGGUCACCAUAUUAGGCAGGCAUCUCUACUUAGAUAUUGCCCGGGGUACCAAUGGUGCACAGUUGCAGGCAGAAUCUGACACCUUUAGUGAAAAUGGACACAAGAGCUUCCUUGCAAUGGCUGAUUAUCUUGUCACUGACAAAAUCACUGCAUUCAUAACGCAAAUGCAGCGUGCAGCAACAGAAGUCCUAAAAGAGAAGCAACUGAAAGACCGUAUGAACAUGGACCAAGUAUUGCAAACAGUAAUACAAAUAUUGGACACAUUCAUGGGUCUUUGUGAAGAUAACUCAUGGAUAAAUUAUCUUGUUCCUGAGAAUCCCUCUGUUUAUGCACAGUUGAUGGCUGUGUCCAGUAGUGGCUUUGAUGAUUCAUCACUCCUGAAUGAUUUCAGAAAGCUAGACCAACUAAUGUCUGAGACACGAAUAGUACUGGCAAGUGAUGAUUUCAGAAAUAUCAUGGAGAGGUCACUAAGGAAGAUAGCAGAAGUGGUGGUAGAGGACCUGGCUGUGCAGAUUGUAACUCCAGGAUCGGGAUUGCCCCUAGCGACGCUCUUGCCCAAAGUUGGUCAUUUGAGUUCCCCGUUACUUGAGGAGCCAAACAAGAACAAACACAUUCAGAUCAUCCGAAGUAUGCCUGAAGUGGAACUCUUCUACACAUUCCUCUACGCAAACAUGCCACCAGAAGCAUAAUCUGUACAUCGAUGUGAAAAGAACACUUGCUUCUGAAUUUUGGCUCCAAAGAUCUGGUGGUAUAUGUGGAUGUUGAAAUGACUCCAAAUCAGGAAACCAACAAACGUGGAGAGCCCAUUGCUGCCCUGUAUAUACUGAGAUAUUCCGUUGUUGCUAACAGGAACUGAGUAAAGUUCCUUCCAUUUGGAUUCUUUCUUUCUUUGAAGUUUUGGUUGCGCACGUCUAGAUAGAAUCACACGCACUGGGCCUGCUAUUUUUGCUAUAUUUUUGGGAGCUUACACGAUGGCAGAUGUUCAAAUGUUUUACUGGCCACAAAUGGUUAAUGUAUACAUUGCAAGUCAGUUGAGUCUUGUGUUGGUUGAAUGAAUAUUCGAGCCCACAGUUUGCGAUCUGCAGGCAUAUGAUUUUUCUUGUUCAGUUUUGCUUUGGGAAGAACUGGAUUGACUGAUUGUUUGAAGCAGCUGUGUUUCUUGCAUUA